UCGAGUGUGGAGAGGGCGAGUGGCCGCUGGGUGAGUGAUGGGGAGCGGAGGGCGGCUGGCUGGAGCUCCCGGUGCACGCUUCGGUACCAAAGUGGCCAUAUCUCAGCCAAGGCAGCCGGACUCAUGUGCGAAAUGCGGCUCGCGCGGAAACGUUGGACCAUCUGCACCAUCAGCAUUCUCCUGAUAUUCUACAAGACGACGGAAAGAGCGAGAAGUGAUGAGCAUCAGGAAGCCCAACUCACAAGUGAGGGUGAGCUGAGCACUUCCAGACUGAUGGUCAAUAGCAGUGAGAAAGUCCUUGGCAAGAACCUGCCUACCUAUCUGCAGUCUACACAAGAAGGAUGGAAGGUCAAUGCUACUCUAGUCACCAUGAUAAGGAAGGACAUCCUCCGUUUCUUGGAUGCAGAGAGAGACGUGUCUGUGGUCAAGAGCAGCUUUAAACCUGGAGACACCAUCCACUACAUUCUGGACAGGCACCGGACGCUGAAUGUGUCCCACACUCUGCACAGCCUGCUGCCCGAGGUGUCCCCUCUGAAGAACAAGCGUUUCAGGACCUGUGCUGUGGUGGGAAAUUCUGGGAUUCUGCUCAAGAGCGGAUGUGGAAAGGAGAUAGACAGCCAUGAUUUUGUUAUACGAUGUAACCUGGCCCCCCUGGUUGAGUUUGCAGAAGAUGUGGGUUUGAAGUCGGAUUUUACCACCAUGAACCCAUCUGUGAUCCAGCGGGUGUACGGCGGACUGCGGAACGAGACGGUGCGGGAACACUUUGUGGAGCGGCUUGGGAUGUUGAACGACAGCGUCCUGUGGAUUCCCGCUUUCAUGGUGAAGGGCGGAGAAAAGCACGUAGAGGGCGUCAAUGAGCUCAUCCUUAAGCGAAAGCUUCCGGUGCACAUGGCCUACCCCUCACUCCGCCUGAUUCAUGCCGUCAGAGGGUACUGGCUCACAAACAAGGUAAAUAUCAAGCGCCCCAGCACCGGACUGUUGAUGUACACCAUGGCCACACGCUUCUGUGACGAGAUCCAUCUGUAUGGAUUUUGGCCGUUUCCUAAAGAUGCUGCUGGAAAUCCUGUGAAGUAUCAUUAUUACGACACGCUUAAGUACCGGUACUUCUCCCGUGCGGGCCCUCACCGGAUGCCACUCGAGUUCAAGACGUUGAAAAUGUUACACAGCAAAGGAGCCCUGAAGCUGAUGACAUCUACAUGUAGACAAGCUUGACGGGCACCAGUUGGUCAUAGUUAUGUCACUCUGUGCCACUAGUGAUCAAAAGGACAGCAGAGUCACUCAUAUGACACUUGAAUAUUUGAGUGUCUGAACCAUUUGAAGCUCUGAGUGUGCCUUCGGUUGGACAUUUGAAAGGCAUAAUCUGCACAUUGUGUGGUAGUUUGUGUCAAAAAUGGUUGAAAAGUGCUCUAUUGUAUCAUAUUUCAGUAACAAAAUCCCCAUCGGUGAGCUGAUCUCUUGAUUCACGAACAUUCAACUGUCACAGUUACAGACACCUUGCAAUAGUUUGGCUAAUGAAAGAAGCCUCUUCGGUUGUUUUAAAACUGAAUGUAAUAUGGCUGUUCUCAGUGAUACCACCUUAAAAUGAGUAACUUUGUUACUGCUGUAAGCGGGUGUCUUAAUGAUCCCAAAGAGCCUGAUAUUCUAGCUAAUGUUUUCCUUGAGAGAUUGUAUUGUUCUUCAGUGCUGUACUUUUUAGGAUUUAGAGGCCUUUGUGCAAAUUAUUUUUAUAUCAGUCUAAAACAUACAACCCGUACAUUUUUAAAUUGGCUGUGUCAAAUGUCAACAUGUCACACUAAUGUGUCGGCUGUGUUUAGUUGACUUUUUGAAAUCUAGAUGAUGUAAUAUCCUGUAUGUCUGAAUGUAUCUCAGUUUAGACCAGUGGUGUCAAUGCUAAAAGGUCUGUUUAAUAGAAUGGUAGACUGGUAAUUAUAUUUCUGGAAUGUACUGCAUAUUUAUUGAACUUGUGGACACUGGGACUGUACACUCCAGCACCAGGCACUAGUUUUCAGCCAAGCCCAUUCUUUACCUUCUGUCGUUUCAAGGCCUGGAUAUACUGAACUGCUUCUCUCUCAGAUGUGCGAGUAGUGAAUGAGCUGAAACCGUUGUCAAAAUCAUCAGAUGUACCAUCAGAUGUUCUAAAUAUUUAUGCUGCUUUCCCCCUUUCAAUAUUGCUUAGUGUAUCCAGGCCUUUGGUACAGUUUUUCAUUCAGACAUUUGAAUGACGGUUUGCUCUCUGUAGCACUGUACAUAUGUACGAAUGUAAAGAUGCUUUCAUUUGUUCACAGCAGAAACUUACUACUUGACAAAGACUGAAUAUUGUAAUGUAUCUUAUGCACUGAACAGCUGGAGUUAGUAAGUCACAGGCUUAUUUUUUAGUCUUUCUUCAGAGAUGUGUUGAUGUCUCCAUUUUUUUAAAACAUGGCAUAUAUUCUUAAAUUGAACCAUGUAGUGGUAAAAGAAGACUUGGGCCAUGUGUCAUGCUAUUUAUUAUUACAGAAAACUGCUGUUAUUUUUAUUUCAGGGUUUUCAUUUUGUAUGUUUUCCUUGUCUGUAAUUUAUAUUGCAAUUUUUUGUACUUUGAAUCAAACUGACCAAGAUGUUGAAUGUGAUAGGCUUUGGAUCAUUUUUAGAGAAUUUGAUACUUAUUGUUUUGCUAUAAUUGCAGCUUUAAAACUGAUUUCACUUUUUUUCCAAAAUCAAGUUUAUAUGUUUGUAGAAAUUUUAGAAAAUAAAAUACAUUCUUGACCCCC